AUGAGACCUGCUGACAUUCCCACAGAUUCGGCAGAUAUUACUAUGGAUAGCCUCGAAGCAGAGCUUGGCGUUCUACGAGACAAUGAAACGAAGCAACAGGCCGACAUCGAUGGCCUUGAAGAUCAAGUGGAUACAUGGGAGGAGAAUCAAAUUGAUUGCCAAGAACAAGCAGACCGGAUUACGCGUCUCGAAGAGGAGGUGGAUCGAUUGAGUCGUCACGACUGUGACAGUAUCAUUGCCUACUUGAGGCGUAAGUUAGAUGAGCACAAGGAACGCUCAGAAACAUUAGAAAGCGUCGAAAAGCAACUCGGAGAGCUUCAGGAGAAGUAUAGGGUUCAACAAGGCACAACAACUGCUCUGCGGGAGCACUAUGAAAUCCAUCAAAUAACGAUCGAAAGACUGAAAGAAGACUGCAAAGUAUACAAGGCAGAAAACGAUGAACUGAAAAAGCAAUGUACGGCUCAUGGGACGACCAUUGAAACACUCCAACAAGAAUGUCGGGGAUACUCACGUGAGAUAAAUGACCUCAGGGCUCAACUUGCGGAACCGGAUCUACACCAUAGAUGCGAAGAAAACGUUGCUUCGCUGGAAAAGCAACUGGAGCUUCAACGAAGUGCUAUGGGGCAAAAAGCGCCACCGGAACCUGUCAUGGCUGAGAACAUGGCGCUAAAGAAAGUUAUCAAGCAGGUCGACAGGGAUGUAGUGUCCUUGUGUACUAACUUGCGCAACGCCAUGGCUUCCUUACAAAGGCCCGAAGAAAUCAAGGACAAGCACCUCUGGUCGGGGCACAGGAUAUCGAAUCGGCGACAGAGCGACAUCAUGAGGCAGACCGAAACCAACAAUUCGCCGGCAUCACUUCAAAACUUGGCCGAGGAAGCUCUAUUCAGCGACGACAUCAUUCCCACAUAUCACACGCGAAUGACAGACAUACUCAACAAGGAGACGGAGGCGGCAAAGGUGCAUGGACAGGCCAUGCAGAGUCUACAAAAAAGACAUGACAUGUUUAAGCAGAACUUCUCGACGCUGCUUGGAAGGGCCGAGGAGGAGGAAGAGCGUGCAAGAACACGCGAGACUAAACUCUGGGAAAUGAUUGAGCUGAGAGAUGACAUGAUUCAGCUGAGGGAAGAGAUCGUUGUUCGCCUUCUCGAAUGUCUGUCUCAUACUCCCAGAUAA